AUGGGCUCAGGAUUGUCGAAGGUCAUGGAUGACCUUUUGGAAGACACAAACUUUGAUAGAGAUGAGAUUGAAAGGCUUAGAAAGCGUUUCAUGAAAUUGGAUAGAGAUAGCUCUGGUUCUAUAGACAAGGUUGAGUUCAUGUCAAUACCAGGAGUCUCGUCGAAUCCCUUAGCUGGAAGAAUCAUGGAAGUAUUUGACGCAGAUAACAGUGGAGAUGUAGAUUUCCAAGAAUUUAUUUCGGGGCUUUCGAUAUUCAGUGGUAGAGGAAGUAAAGACGAGAAGUUGAAGUUUGCUUUCAAGAUUUACGACAUUGAUAAAGACGGCUAUAUUUCCAACGGAGAACUGUACAUUGUGCUCAAGAUCAUGGUUGGUAAUAAUUUGGAAGAUGAACAGUUACAGCAAAUUGUGGAUAGAACCAUUUUGGAAAGCGAUAAAGACGCAGAUGGGAAAUUGAGCUUCGAGGAAUUCAAGAGCGCUGUCGAAACCACGGAGGUGGCCAAUUCUUUGACCUUACAGUGCGAUAUAUGA